AUGACCGCCCCCCGAGAACAAGUGCCCUUUGGACGAUUCAACUACGAAUUGUGCGCCAGUCUCCAUAAUCAAAUUUUCCUCAUCGCAUGGAAAGGAAGUGGACGCUCUGUCGAUACCCCUUUCUCCACCUGGUGGGAGUACUACCAACCAUCGGAUGAACUCGCCGCGCGGUAUCAUCCCUGGUUGGUACAAUUUCUCCAACGCGUGUAUUAUCAUCCCGAGGCGCCGGAAUUCUUCUACUAUUUAGAAGGGUUGAACCGAGCGGAGACAUUGAUCCACGAUGACUUCAACGAGAGAUUUGACGGUCGAGAUUGUUAUGUCCUGCUGCAUCCGGCGACGGGGUGGAAGAUGGGGGAUGAAUAUGGGAUCAUAUUCGACCAAAUCACCUGCAAAGCCGUCUUCGCCGAAGACCUCGACAUCACCCACCCCAUCUGCAACUACGGCCGGGGCUUCCAACCUCUCGAAAACAUCUACACGGCCUACCUGCAGAUGAUCGCCGAGGACAAGGUCGAGAUCUGCCGUGCCCCUGAUGGCCAAUGGCCCAAAGAGCUAUACAACCAAGCUGUGGCGCCUAUCGGGCCCUGGCGCUACCAUGCCUACACCUCAGCCGACGUCCACAAGGCCGCCCACGCCUUCCAGCGUCUGGUCCAGGACAUCACCACCCGGUUACCUCCACGUUCUCCUUCCUCCCCAGCGCCCUCCACCCCACUCCCCUGGUCCGACCCAGCCGUGCGCCUCGACGCCCACAUCCUCCCGGAUAGCUUCGCCGAUGCUUUUUGUGCGGCCACCACUGCCACCCACCCGCUCCCCUUCCGCUACAUCGCCCCGGGCAUCCGCCUUCCCACCGUCGCCGAAUUCCUCGCCCAGCCCUUCCAUGACCCACAGCAUAAAGACCCUCGUGCCCUCGCCCUCCCACACGAAAGACCAAUCCGUCCAACAUUACUCUUCCUCGCCGAGUCGGAUGAUUCCACCCCCACAGCACCAACCCUCACGAUCCCCAACCCCGACACAUGCCUCAACUCCCACCCCUCCCUCACCCCCUCCAAAGGCAACCCCCCACCCCGCCCCGCAGGGCUGUACCUCACAGCCGACAACCGCCUCUUCCAAGGGUCCGAAAACGGAUGUCGUCUCCUGCUCCCAUUCUCCAUUGGACGUAACGGCUGGGCACGACGGAGUGAUGGCUCGCGCAUGGGCGAUGAUCUGUACGAUGAGAAUGAUCCCGCGGAUGAGAACUUUGAUCUGUAUCAGUGUUUUGUGAACGGGGUGGGGCCGUAUCGGGAUGUAGAGGUGCAUCGGGUGUUGGAGAAUUGGGGGGAGAGGGUGAGGAGGGGGGAGUGGGGGGU